AACUUUUCUUCUGGCCGAGGUACGAAUAGGGUGUGCCCAUCAGUGGGCCCCCUUACAUCAAGUGUGCCCAUCAGAGUGCUGUUUUACAUAAGUUGUCCCCAUCAGAGUGCACCUUUACAUCAGGUAUCCCCAUCACAUUGCCACCUUACAUCAAGUAUUCCCAUCAGAGUGCCCUCUUACACUCAAAGUACCCCUUUACAUCAUAUUUCCGCAUCAGAGUGCCCCUUUACAUCAUAUUCCCCAUCAGAGUGCUCCUUUUUAUCAUAUUUCCCCAUCAGAGUG